AUGUUGGAAUUUAUUGCUUUUCUCUCAUGUUUGGAAUUUGCAAUUCUAAAUAGUCUGUAUAGCGACACCGUUUUAAAACCAAAGCAAGUCAUAUGCCUAGAGAGUGUUUUUUUGCAAAAAGACGUCCUAUGCGUAUUACCGACUGGUUAUGGCAAGUCUUUGAUAUUUCAUCUCGUGCUGAUGUUGUUGUUUGCAAAACACAAACUGGACAGCGACUUUAAUUUUGUUGGUUGGAAGCCCAGAGAAUUUAUCCCUGAAGAUGUUAAUACGAUCGUUAUUGUAGUCUCACCAUUGAACGCUUUGAUAAGUAAUCAAAUCUCACGGCUAAACUUAAGUGGUAUUCGAGCUUCUGUUCUGUCGGUAAAGGACGGCUCAACCGCCGAUAUUAUUGAAGAAGAUACAGAGAACAUUGUAAACAUGGAAUUGGAUUUCAGCCUUUGCGAAGAAGAAAAGCUGCGGAAUGGCUGUUAUCAUAUCAUUUUUACCCAUCCUGAAUCAUUUGUAACGAGUAAAUAUGGUCGAGAGUUAUUGUUAACGAAAGCGUACAGAGAAAAUGUUGUGGCUAUUGUCGUAGACGAGGCUCACUGUAUUCUAGAUUGGGGUUCUGACUUCAGAAAGGAUUAUUCCAAACUUGGUGCUUUAUGUGCAUUUUUCCCAGACGUGCCUGUUGUUGCAAUGACAGCAACAGCCAGUCAUGCAGACAUGAAAUGCAUAAAGGAGUCACUGGGAUUAAAAAAAUGCAAGAUUGUGAUGGCAAAUCCAGACAGAGCAAACAUUUUUUAUAAAAAAGUUUUAAAACAUGGUAAUGAUGCUGAUGCUGUUGAAUCCAUAUUAAUUCCAAUGGCAAAGGAUCUGUUGAGGAUGAAGAUUGAAUAUCCCCUCACAGUUAUUUACAUAUCAUUAAAAUUUUGUGGGCUCACAUAUAAGUUAUUUGAACAUGUGCUGGUAAGUGAACAAUAUUUCCCAGUUGGAUCACCUCCCAUUCUUUCAAAUAGAAUGUUUGCUCAAUUUCAUGCACCACAGACCAGUCAAAUGAAAGAUGAAAUACUCAAACAGCUAUGCUCGACAAGAGGAACCAUCCGUAUUGUGUUUGCAACUGUUGCAAUGGGGAUGGGUGUGGAUAUUCCUGAUAUUCGCAAUGUCAUUCAUGUAAGCCCUCCAUGCACUUAUAAAGGCAUAUUUCCAAGAAACUGGACGUGCUGGUAG